AUGAAACAAGCGAAUGAAAAUCCUUUAGCAUGCAAUGGACAUCCGGAAGAUUUAGGUAAAACACGUAAAGAUUCGGAUAAUGAUGAUUCAGCAACAAAUACAAGUUCAACAUCGUCCAUCAAUGAUGUGCCGUUAAAUAAUUGCCCUAAUACAUCAUCGUCGUCAUCGUCCAAUUUGAAUACAAGUGAAGUAACAACAAAUCCAGAUAGUGCCAAUGAAUUAGUUGUUCUACCUGAAGUUUCAUUUAAUAUUCGAAUUCAAUCAUCAGGCUUAGAAGUUUUCGACUUACCCGUCACAUCGAGUGAACUUGUUCAAGAAAUCCAUCAAGUUCUAAUGGAUAAAGAAGAAACAUGCCAUCGAACGUGUUUCUCUUUACAACUCGACGGUGUUAUUUUGGAUAACUUCACUGAAUUAAAAAAUAUCGAGGGAUUAAAAGAAGGAAGUUUAUUAAAAGUUGUCGAAGAACAAUAUACCGUCCGUGAAGUACGAAUUCACGUACGACAUAUCAAUGAAUUGAUUCAUUCAUGUGAUUUGAACGAUUUAUACAACGGCACAAAUGGUUAUUCAUUAUGUCUUGUUAAUGAUAUAACUAGUAAUGAUACACCAGCAGCAUCCGCACCGACUGAUCGAAAGAAAGGCGCUGAUAUGAACGAAAGCGAUACCAAUGUCCCUGAAUAUCUUCUACCAAAUCAAAACAACAUUCUCCUUACACCGCUAUUCUCAACGAAUAAUAAAGUCAAUCGAUUGCAAUGUCUGAAAGUUUUCGCAUAUAGCGGCUGGAAUCCACCAAAUGGUUCAAGAAAACUACAUGGUGAUCUCAUGUAUUUACAAGUCACAACGUGCGAAGAGAAAUCUUUUCAUAUCACAGCAUGUACGAAAGGUUUCUACGUCAGUCAAACAACAGAGGAAAAAUUUCUUCCUAAACCGGUGCAACCCAAAGCUAUUUUUCAUUCACUUGUCGAUCUAUUGAACAGCUUAAGUCCAGCAUUCAAGAAGAAAUUUGCUGCUAUUCAACGUAAGCGUUGUACAAAACAUCCAUUCGAACGUAUUCAAGUACCAUACCAAAUUCAUCCAUGGUUAUCACCACGUUUCGAACAUACAAUGGAUCACUUCCGAGCUGAAGAUGCAAACAUUAACAAACUUGGCCAUGAAGAUCACAUACCCGGUCAAGUGCGUGAUUGGAAUGAAGAAUUACAAAUAACCAAAGAAUUGCCGAAGAAAACUUUACCAGAAAGGCUGAUCCGAGAGCGUGCAAUGUUCAAAGUUCAUAGUGAUUUCGUUUCAGCAGCGAUUCGUGGUUGUCAAGCAGUUGUUGAUGGAAACAUCAUGGCAAUUAAUCCUGGUGAAGAAUCUAAAGUUCACAUGUAUAUUUGGAACAAUAUGUUCUUCAGUCUCGGCUUUGAUGUUAAAGAGCAUUACAAAGAUUUCGGUGGUGAUGCAGCUGCUCAUGCUGCCCCGACGAAUGACUUGCAAGGUGUUCGUGCGAUCAAUACAUUAGAUCUCGAUGGUUUACACACAUUGGGUACUAUCGUUGUCGAUUAUCGCGGCAUGCGUGUAACCGCCCAGUAUAUUCUCACGGAUGAACAUCGCAUCUAUACAUCAUUAAUUGCGGAAUUGCCACGUCUUGAACGUGUAAUUCGAACGAAACAAUCGAACUUAUCUCAGUUACAAACUCGCCUAUCGAAAGUGGAAAAACGCUUAACGAAAUAUUCCUGGCAUUUGAAUCGUUUAAUCAAAACAAUUCGUCGUAACACCCAAGAACAAAAACAAAGUUCACGUUUCAAUUCAUUUGACUUCGAUUUUGAUCGAAAUCAAAGCAAAUUUCUCGUCUAUUUCCACUUCACCAAUAUCUCAGAAGAUCUUGACCUUCAUAGCUCACACGAAUUUCAUUCCAGAAUUCGCCAAAUCCAAAGUCCUUAUAUAACAUUCAAUGAGAGUGAAGCGUACUUACAUGUAGUUUAUCUUCCAAUUCGAUCAAAUAAACAAAACAUAUGUUACAAAAAUAUUCUCGAUGAAAAAUAUUUCGUCCUGUAUGAAUUUACCGGUGGUAUUAACGAACAGUUUGAUGAACAAUGCUUUCAAGGAAAGUUUUUAUUAGUCAAGUUUUUCACACAAUUUGAUGUUGAUACUGACCAUUUACGUUGGAAUGAGUUCCCACAAACGUCAAUCGGCAUUCUUUAUCUCGACAGAAAUGCCACCAAAUCUCGGAAUGAAUUCGAUCGAUUGCAAAGCAAUUAUAACGUCACUGUUGAGUGUUCUGAUGUAACCUGUCUUUUCAGUAAGAAUCUUUCUAUGGUAUCGAUCAUCUGUCCUCCAUUGUAUUCGAUUCGAAUCCACAACCAAUUUUAUGAAUUGUUCUUUCAUCUACUCUCUGAACAAAUCGAUCUUCUCGUUCCAACUUGCCAGUACUAUCUCCCAUAUUCAAAAGUUAUCGAUUAUUCGCGUAAAUCAACGCCAACCAGUCUCGCUUGGCUAUACGCAAUCUACUUCCAAACAUUCGAACAUCGUCUUCAUACAUUAAUCGCAUAUUUACGUACUUUGUAUCGUCAACCAGCACUGGCCAAGCCAUCAAAAUUUGUUGAAGUUAAAACUCGAUUGAUCAGAGAAGACAACUUUUAUUAUUUAAUCCAUGAACGACACAUAAAUUUCACUCAAAUGCCAAUUGGGAUUAUGGAUGGCAUAAGUUUUCAGUCGUACCACAAAUCGUCCAUAGUUUACGAGCCAACAUUGUACGAUCAAUGGAACCGUUUGUAUCAACCAUUUUAUCGCUCAAAUACUCAAACGAAUCCAUUUGAAAGCAUAUCACCCGAAGAGCAAUACACCAUUCUGAUUUUAACAUACAAACAACGUUUCUAUCAACUGAAUCGUCUGCUAUUGCAUUUGAAUGGUUUAAUCAAUCUUCACCGUAUCGUUGUUUUAUUCAAUCAGAUCGAUCCGAUGGGUUCACCAUCACAGACAAAUUUCACAUUAGAAGAUUUUCUCGGCGAUUAUCACGUUUAUCUACCAUCGAUACACGUGGAAAUUGUUUAUCUGUUCAAUCUACCCAAUGAUUUGAACAAUCGUUUUCGUCCUUGGAAUGAAUUCAUUCAAACCGAUUGUAUUCUAUCGUUAGAUGACGAUAGUUUUCUUCGACACGAUGAAAUCGAAUACGGUUUUCGCGUUUGGAAGGAAAAUCCUUCUCGUUUAAUCGGUUUCAUCUCGCGUUCACAUCGAUCGAACACAUUGCAAUACGACACUUCACCUUCGCAGUGUAUCUACUCAAUGAUUCUAACGGGAGCCGCCUUCUUACAUCGUUGGUAUUUGGAUUUCUAUACGCAUGUCAUGUCGAAGCAAAUUCGUGAUUAUGUCCAAAGAAAAAUGAAUUGCGAAGAUAUCGCGAUGAAUUUUCUCAUCAGUUAUUUGACAAAUCAAACGCCGAUGAAGAUUGGCCAUCGCGAAACAUUUCACUGCUAUAAAUGUCAAGAAAGUCUAUCGAAUAAAGUGACUCACUACCAACAACGAACUGAAUGUAUUCUCGAAAAAGAACAAGAACAGAGCGUCGUGUAUGGCUCGACAGAUUUCGGUAAAACUUGUACAACCAAUGAUAAAUACAAAGAACUAUUGGAUAAAGUAUCGACAAUGCUUAAAAUUAAACCACAUGCAGUGAAAACCGAGAAAGGAGAGGUUGUGGAUCUGUUGACAGCUGUAGAAUGUAAAGGAAUCGUUGGUAAUGAUGGAAGACAUUAUUUGUUAGAUUUAUUGCGUAUGACUCCACCGGAUUUGAAUUAUUUACCAGUCGAUGUCGAACAUCUGUCACCGGCGAUGAAACAACUUGAGUAUCCGAAAACGUACAAACAUCGUCUAUGCUGUUUAAGACAAGAAUUAAUCGAUGCUUUCAUCGAACAAAAAUACGUGGAUUUCUAUCGUUCGAUUGCACUCAAUCUAUCGAAAUUACGAUCAGCUGAAUCAACAUCAAAUGAAAAUGCUGAACGAACAAAUGUUGAAGAAGCUAAACGUAUUGUCAAUGAAAUCAGUGUUGAAGAUAAUAGUCGAGAAAUCAUUCAAUCCGCAUGUCGUUCGAUUGGAUCUGUGAAAGACAAUGAAUUCGAUGUUCGUUUCAAUCCAGAUUUAUUUCAACCACAUGUCACAUUAAACCAAACAGCAGCAGAAACAGCAGCAGAUAUUAAAUUACUCAAAGAAGCUGCUGAAUAUUUAGUAUUGAAACAAAUUCCAUUAAUGAUUCAGGAUUUUCAAGAUCAUUCAUCUGUACCUGUUGAUGGCGAAAGCCUUUCCGAAUCUAUGCAUUCAAGAGGUAUCAACAUGCGAUAUCUUGGCCGAGUUGCUGAUCUUCUCGCUCAACAAUCGUCUCUCAUCUAUCUUUAUGAAAUUGCUGUCACUGAAAUUCUCUGUCGAAGUGCUAAACACGUAUUUCGUGCAUAUACUCAAUCCGUUCCAAUUCAUUUAUUAUCAUUUUCAAUCAGUCAUUUUCUCAAUUGUUUGCUUACAGUUAUAUCAUCACCUGUGUCUGAUUAUUCAUUUGAUGAAUUUGCAACAUCGACAUCGACGACGAGCACAUCGAGCGGAUCACUAGCCAAUUCAACGAAUACUACUUCUCAAAAACCAAACAAUAAGAAGAAAAAUAAAAAACAACAACAGCAGCGUAAACAUAAUCCAACAAUGAGAAAUGAAUCGAUGGAAUUUUCGUCGUUAACUUCGAAAUUACUCUGGAUACAGUUGACUAAUGAAGCCAAAUCGAGAUAUGGUUUCGACUUAAACUGUGAUGAUAUUGAAGCUUUCGUCGACACAUAUUCUGUUCGCCGCACAUGCAUCUUACGAUCACUCUGCCUUAAGACUGGCUUACAAUUAGCCAUGCGCGAGUAUCAAUAUGAUUCAGCUUACAAAUCAUCUCGCACCAGCAACGAAUGUUUCACUGAAGAUGAUAUUGUCAAUAUUUACCCAGUUAUCAAGCAAGUUCCGCCCAAGCCAAGUGAUGCUUAUCAAUUCUUCACGACUGGACAACAAAAAAUUCAACAAGGCUUACUUCGCGAAGGUUUCGAAUUGAUUUCUGAAGCACACAAUCUAUUGAACAAUGUCUACGGCCCAAUGCACCCAGAGAUCAGCAUGUGUCUACGAUUAUUAGCACGAUUGAAUUACAUCAUGGGUGAUUAUCAAGAAGCACUCUUUACUCAACAUAAAGCUGUUAUGAUGUCUGAACGAGUCUUGGGUGUUGAUCACCCACAAACAGCAACUGAAUACAUUCAUAUGGCUUUGUAUUCAUUUGCGAAUAAUCUAUCGGUGAAUGCAGCGAAAUUGCUUUGCCGUGCGCGAUAUAUUAUAUUAACGUGCUGUGGAGAAAAUCAUCCACAAAUCAGUUUGAUCGACAGCAAUCUUGGAUUGAUCCUACAAUCGUACGGUGAUUAUGAAAAUGCACUUAAAUUUAUGGAAAAGUCGCUUGAAUUGAAUAAGACGUUCUAUGGAACGAGGAGUUUGAAAGUUGCUUUAUCACAUCAUUUAUGUGCACGUAUUCAAUCAUGUCGUGGUGAUUUCCGAUCAGCAUUGAACAGUGAACGUGAAGCAUAUCAAAUCUAUAAACUACAACUUGGUGAUGAACAUGAACGAACACGUGAAAGUGCUCAGGUACUUAAACAUUUAACUGAACAAGCUGUGGUUCUACAGAAACGAAUAAAUGACGUUGUGAAAGGACAAUUACUCGUUAUCCCAAGUUUAACCAUUCAACAGCCAAGUUUCCAGAACGUUCUCGAGAUGUUAAAUGUUGUCAAUGGUAUUCUAUUUAUUCAAAUCCGAGAAAAAGAUCUUGAUAUCAUUCGUGAAGAAAUCGCUAAACAGUCCACUGACGAUUCUCAACAGCAACCAUCCACACCUUCAGUAACAACCAUAUCCGAUGCUGCAGAACAAGCCGCAGCAUUGAUGAACAAUGAAGUUGACUAA